UGCGCCACGGCGCCCCGAGCUCUCUGCGCAGACUCGUCGCGGCGCCCCGGGACCCGGAAACACUCGCCGAGGCCCCGCCCCGCCCGCCAAUAGCGCUGCCGGGGCCGCGGCGUUUCCUUUCUGCGCUCGCGCUCGGCGUGGUGGCACCAGACGCGCCCUCGACAUGCAGAACGACGCCGGCGAGUUCGUGGACCUGUACGUGCCGCGGAAAUGCUCCGCCAGCAACCGCAUCAUCGGCGCCAAGGACCACGCGUCCAUCCAGAUGAACGUGGCCGAGGUUGACAAGGUGACAGGCAGGUUCAACGGUCAGUUUAAGACCUACGCCAUCUGCGGGGCCAUCCGCAGGAUGGGCGAGUCAGAUGACUCCAUUCUCCGACUGGCCAAGGCCGACGGCAUCGUCUCAAAGAACUUCUGACUGGAGAGGAUCACGCAUGUGGAAUACUUGUCAUAAAUAAACAGUGAAAACCCA